AUGGAUGACCUGAAACAAAUUUUAAGGACAGCAUUAAGUACUGUUGAUGAAAUCACAUCGACGAAUACACCUGAAAGGACCGGAGAAUCCCAGAAAACUUGGCCAACCGGCUCAGAAGUUAAUAAUGUCAGUGGUGGUGGUACACCACAAACUACUAGAACAUCGCCAUUGGUCAGUUUGGUCGGUAGUACACCACGAAGACAGUCUUUGCUAACAUCAUCGCCAACUCUACCAGCUGCUUUUCCUGUUGCAGUUGCUCAGGCCGAGGCAAAUUUCAGAUAUCGUAUGGAUAAACGUUUAGAACAUAUCGUAAAUGGCUGAUUGCAUUUAUUUUCCGCAUGGGUGUGUGUGUGCGUUGGGGGUUAGGACGUCUUUUUACCAGCUAAAUUGUGACGCCCCUGGAAUUCAGUUUAUAUACCCCCUCCCUGGAAUUUCCUAGGAAUUCAUUGCUAUCCCCUAGACUUUCCAUUGUCCUCAACCCCCUCCCUCCUGUGCAGAAAAUAAAUGUAUGUAUAAGCUAAUUAAUAAUCAUUCGUAUAAACUGUGAACAAUACUUAUAAUGCACUUUUCAAUUGUAACGCCCCCCCCCCAACCUCGAAGAAAUGUGGGGACAUACAUUUUAACAAAUCCAUACCCCCUCCCCAGGCAGGAUGACUAGUCUUGUCUAAUCCACCAACCCAUGGGGGGGGGGGAAUUUGAAAUGUUUUAUUGAACAGAGAUUUUUAUUUUCAAAAUAAAAGUAAUAUCAGUGAUGCACACACGCAGGCCAUUGAAGUCUAAAUGUGUAUGCAAAUUGUAGUAUGUGCGAUCAGGCAUGAAAAAUAUGCAAAUUAUUGCAAAUAAUAUUGCUAUUCUGUAGAAAAUAAAUUCACAACUGAACAUGCAAUGAUGAUUUCAUCACUAUACAGGGUGUAUAAAAAAAACUGAACAGAUAUGAAUUUGCUCUAAAUUUUGCAAAACAGCUAUUAGUAUCCAGUUUUUUAUGUAUAUAGCUUCUUUGGGUACUUAUAAUGUAGAAUAAUGAAAAGAAAUUUUUCUAACUCAAAUUUUUGUGAACCAGGGGUGUGUGCCUUUUUCAACAAACUAAAAAUGGCUUGCGCACAAAAUUUUAAAGGUUCAAUCAUAUUUUGAGUUAAUAGAUGGAACGUUUGUCGGGUUUUUAAUUACUGUACAAAAUUUCAGACAAUUUGCUUCAGUUUAAGCCCUUUAACUAUUCAUUUUAUCCCAAAAAUUCAGCCUUUCGUAUGCUUAAUUAACCCAUUAAGCGCCAGCGCUCUCCCCUUGACGAGUAAAAUCGUCUGGCGUUAGACAGAGUAAAAUAUUAAAGUAGGGUGCAUCAGGGUGCAAUGCCACUCAAUGGGUUAAUGGCUUUGCUUAAUUUGCAUAUUGCUGACAUAUGCAAAUUAGGCAAAGGCAUUAAUUAAGCAUGCAAAUAGCUGAUUAAAUAGGAAAAAAUGUAAGUUUGAGCGAAUAGUUGAAGGGAUUAAACUUAAGCAAAUUGUCUGAUGAAAUUUUGUACAGUAAUUAAGAAUCCGACAAAUUUUUCAUCUGUUCACUCAAUUUUUCAUCUGUUCAUUCACUCAGCGCAAGCCAAUUUUAAUCUGUUGGAAAAGACACCCCCCGCCCCCUGGUUCACAAAAUUUGAGUUCAAGAAUUUUUUUUCUUUAUUCUACAUUAUAAGUAGCCAAAGAAGCUAUAUACAUCAAAAACUGGAUACUAAUAACUGUUUUGCAAAAUUGAGAGCAAUUUCAAAUCUGUUCAGUUUUUUUCUGAUACACCCUGUAGAGUGAAACAAACAGAGCAUAGAACUUUUAUAUACAAACAAAAAAAUUACCAGAUCCAGAUAAAACUGACAUAAAAAGAUCAGGCUCAAGCUCAGCAGUCCUAUCAUAGCCUGCGAGUGGGCUAUAUAUAUUCUCACAUAAUGCCCCACAUACCAAGGUCGGGAACCAUAAGAGGAAAAGAAAUAGUUGAAACAUCGGGUUAUCAAUAGACAAUUCCAGCUUUUAGUUUAUGCCUGCAGGGGGUGAUGGGAAGUAAGGUAUCUCUCCGUGUUUACAUGACCACCAUUUUUAUUUUUUCAUCAUAAUCAGCAAUGUGAUACCUUACUUCCCAUCGUCCCCUGCACGCAUAAACUAAAAGCUGGAAUUGCCAAUUGAUGUGUCCCAGGAGUAGGUUGUUCUCAGGCAGUACUGACUACAAUCAUUUGACGUACUAAAAUCAAAGAAUCUAACAACUGAAAGGUAUGUCCUUUGCUACAAAUUGAUGUAUAUAAAGGGGAAUUCUACUGCCAUAUUUCCCGAUCAAGUGGUAAUCACAACAGAACAAAUUACAGAAAUACAAAACAAGUUGGGGAAGUAUUUGGACUGUAAAGCUUUUAGAAAUGUCAUCUAGUCGAUGUUUCAACCCUUUCAUUUAAUUCUUCCGCCGCCUUCAACUUUUCGCGCCCGUGUUCCUUACUUGUCAGUGAUCAUCUGUACUUUGUGAAACGUCAUGUAGAGUGAUAGUAAUAUAAAGACUCAAAGCCGUUUUUAAAAGGUUUACUGCAGAACUUCGAGAGAAUAAAUGAUCGACAAUCAAGGGAUUCAAGUAGUUUUUUUACAUACUUCUACUAAUAAACAUUUUUUGGGGGCCUAUAAGGGGGGCACAGUAGGGAUGUUGGGUAGGGAUCUUAGUGUGUUGCCAUGUAAACGAGUUAUUUACCGCAAGCAAGCACACAUGAGGCCAAAUAAAAAUAAUAGUUGGUUUCAGGUUUCCGACCGACCUGUCAAAAAUAUGACCGACCAUAAACAUUUUAUUGACUUUUCCAAGGAGAGAUCGUAAAUAGCCUAAUAUAUAAAUAGUCAUUAGACUUGUUUAUCUACAAAUUAUUUUGUUUGCUUAUAAUUUAAUCAUACAGUCAUGUUAAUCAUAGUUUUACAAAAAGAACAGUUGAAUAAAAUAUUAAAAACGUAUCUGAAAUGGCAGCUACUGCUAAAAAAAAGGCGAAAACGCCUUGAUGCAUUUACCUCUCGCGAAAAACAUGUAGCUCACGGGUUAUCCUGUUAUUGCAUACUUGAUAUAAAAUAUUUUUUUAAAUAAAAUGUUUUUCCGACCUACCUACCCAUAUAAAACAUGGCUGUGAAACCUGAAACCAGCGAUUUUUUUUAUUUGGCCUGAACUUAUAUACGGGGGGGGAGGGGGUAGGGCUUAUAUUUAGAAUGUUCUGAGUGGGAAGGGAGCAUAGACACUGUUGUAUUACUAUGGUACUGAACAAGACUUUUAUAUAUAGUAGAUACAUAUAUGCAUAUAAUAGUUUGAUUUCUUUAGAUCAGCUUUUUCUCACUUUGGCCUACCUGAUCCUGGUAACAGAAAGAGAAAGAGGGCUGUUCCGCUUAUGUUAUCAAGGACACCUUGACUCAUAAUUUUUUCCUGCUGUCAUCACCCUUAACAGAUAAAACACCUUCCAUAAAAGAAGCAAGCAAUCUACUUUAUGGUGGUCUUGGAAAAAGAAGAAUAACAUUCAGCAACAAACAAGGUGAUUUUAAUCACCUUAAAACCACGUUAGAAAAAGAAUACCCAAAGUUGUCAUGUCAGAACGGACCAUUUGAACUACUCCGGGCAGACAGAGGGGGUGCAACAAGACCACUGAUACCAAUCCCUAUGGCCCCAAGUGGAUAUGGUAUACCAUAUUUAAAAAACGCUGUAUCAGAUCAUGCAAUAAUAUAUGUUCGUCCAAUUCAGAGUGAGUUAGAGCCAAGAUCCACCCAAUGA